CCUGGAUAUGCCAACAAAUUGUUUGUUGUCUUUGGCAACUUGCAGAAUAGUUAUUCUCAUAAAGUCGAAUAAAUUCGGUUUUAAUUGAGGUUCAACCCUUGGAUAUCCAAGGGUUGAUUUUCCUCGUGUUCCUCGCUCCGGUUUCCCCUCUUGAAAUUCAUUGAUUGUUGACCGCAUCGACAUCAUCUAAACAGCAGCCAGCAGCAGUAAUAGGAUUGCCUAGAGAGAUCCUUAUCCUGCCACUAAUUUUACUGUGUACUCUACAACAAUUCCAAGGACCUGUUGUCGUCAUAGCAGUCGUUCUACGCACCUAGAGUACUCUUGCAUCAACCUAUAUGCGGCUUUUUUUGUCGUGUUCCAGACAUGCGAAUCGUCCUAUGAGAAGGGUACCUGAACCAAUAUGCAAGAAGACGAGGUAGUCGAGGCCAGUCCACUGCGCCCAGAGUUUCCAGGCGAUGAUACUCGACCAACAAGUCGGAAGGAGCUUGCUGGUUGGUACAGCUAUGGCUGGGCAGCAGAAGUCUUCACUGUGUGUGCAAUGGGUUCUUUCCUCCCGAUCACAUUAGAGCAGAUGGCCCGAGAUCGCGGCGUACUGCUAUCGGACAAAUCAACACCCUGUAGCGCGACUUGGAAAGCUUCCCAGCAAGCCAUGGGAUUUGGAAGCUCAGGAUAUAAUGAACAAGCUGCAUCUAGUGCUGGCCAGUGCAUUAUAUACAUUCUUGGUGCCGAAAUCAACACGGCUAGCUACGCCAUGUAUACGUUCUCGGUGAGUGUCUUCAUUCAAGCCAUUCUAAUUAUCUCGAUGUCAGGGGCAGCGGACCAUGGCAAUUAUCGAAAGAUGCUUUUGGUGAUAUUUGCCUUCAUUGGGGCCAUAUCUACGAUGCUCUUCAUUGCCGUAUCUGCAAAGGUCUUCUUUCUCGGUGGUAUUCUUGCUAUAAUAGCAAAUACCUGCUUCGGUGCAUCUUUCGUACUGCUGAAUUCAUUCUUGCCGCUAUUGGUUCGGCAUCAUCCUUCCUUACUUGAAGGAAGCGGCGACGAAGGUAUCACGUCCAUCAAUAACCAUACGUCCCAGGACCAAACAUAUGAUGACGCUACCUCACCUUUAUUGAGGCCCGGCCCUGCGGAGAAUGGUGUGUCUGUGACGCAGUCGGCACAUGUUGCUUCCAUGCCUACUUCCCAAGAGCUGCAUCUUUCUACCAAGAUAUCCUCUUAUGGCAUUGGAAUAGGCUAUAUUGGCGCAGUGAUAUUGCAGAUUUUUUGCAUUCUUGUGGUUGCUAGUACUCAUCAAACCACAUUUUCCUUACGAAUUGCCCUUUUUCUAAUUGGGCUAUGGUGGUUUACUUUUACGAUACCGGCAGCUCUUUGGUUGCGUGCUCGUCCGGGACCGCCUUUGCCUUCAGCUCACAAUGGGAAGCAGUAUCGGUCAUGGAUUGGCUACAUGGGCUUCGCAUGGAAAUCCCUUGGCCAAACUGUCGUACGGGCGCGACAUCUCAAAGACAUUACGCUGUUCCUGGCUGCUUGGUUCUUACUUAGCGAUGGGAUCGCCACUGUUAGUGGGACAGCCGUGCUUUUCGCGAAAACUCAGCUCGAUAUGGAACCAGCUGCGCUGGGAUUGAUUAAUGUGAUCGCAAUGGCCGGAGGUGUGGUUGGUGCGUUCUCUUGGAGCUAUGUGUCUCGACUAUUCAACCUUCGAGCAUCUCAAACUAUUAUUGCGUGCAUAAUCCUAUUCGAGCUUGUACCACUAUACGGCCUGUUGGGAUUCAUCCCAGCCGUGAAGACGCUGGGUUUUCUGGGUCUUCAGCAACCGUGGGAAAUGUUUCCGCUCAGCGCUGUAUACGGGCUUGUAAUGGGUGGGCUGUCUUCCUAUUGUCGCAGUUUCUUCGGGGAGUUAAUUCCUCCGGGCCAUGAAGCAGCCUUUUAUGCACUGUACGCCAUUACCGACAAAGGCUCCAGCAUCUUCGGACCUGCCAUUGUAGGCGCGGUCACCGAUCGCUAUGGGGAGAUCCGUCCUGCUUUCCUGUUUUUAGCGAUCCUCAUAUUCCUUCCACUACCACUCAUGUUACUUGUGGAUGUGGAACGGGGUAAGCGGGAUGCGCUUAAAUUAGCGGCGGACUUGACGGGCAAGUAUGAAUCUCCUACACUCGGAUAUGGGACAAUUCCCAGUUUACAGUACGCCGACGAGAGCGAGGCGACAAUGAAUGAAUAAGAUAUGAACAGCGGAAGGAAGAGGCAGAAUGAUAUAUCACUGUUUAACAGUUUUUUUUUAAAAAAAGAAAAUGACAUCAUCAGAGUUUGUUGCUUUGUUCUUUCUUUUACUCUGCGGAAUUUCCUCUCUGUACUGUUGUCACAAGAGAAUAUGGUUUAAAGGACUGUGUAGUGAUUGGCGUUGACUGAGAUGUAGAUUUUUUUUUUUUGCAGAUGGUGACUGGCUGAC